CACGGCAAUUAAUCGCAAAUGGCCCAAUGGAGACGAAGCUCUUCUUUAUAUAUUAUUGUGUUCUAUUUAAUGGCGGUGAUUCUCAGCCGCGUUUUCGAGCGCGACAAAGAAACUAAAAUAUCGCGCAGAGUUCUAAAAGAAGUACAACUCGACAUCGAGAGAAUUAACGGUUCACCGAGAACAAGCUGUUUCUUCCCGCCCGUAUUUACCUUUAAGAACAAUAAACUCAAUAAAAACAACGGCGAUAACAAGAUCCACAGGAGUAAAAAUAACAGUAGAAACAACAGCCUUGAUUUCAAUUUACGUGGAAAGAUCAGCAAUCGUUUCACCGAAGAAAACGUCGACCCUGUCAAGAAAAUUAUUUUUAUUUGGACCCAAAUGAGGUCCGGAUCUUCUUUCACAUCCGCAAUUCUUUCUAAUAUUCCCGGAACUUUCACAACCAUCGAACCGAUCCGCACCAAAAUUGGGCAUAAAUCCCCAGAAAAAUAUUUCACGGGAAUAUUUUUCAAGGACUAUUUGGUGCGAUUAAUGCAAUGCAAAAUUGACUUCGACGCCGCAUUCCCAAUUUUUUACCCCAAAGAUUACUGCCUUAGGGAGAAAUUUUCAGGGUACUUGUGCGCGUCCAAGGAAUUUUCCGAGUAUUUUUGCAGCAAGUCGCGCAUUCAUUUACUGAAAAUUGUAAGUUUACGGCUUAAGUUGGCGCAAAGUUUGCUCGAAGAAGAACUCAAUUUCGAUAUUAGAAUAAUACAUUUGGUGAGAGAUCCGAGAGGAAUGUUAUCUUCUUCAAAAGGAAUUAUUGUUAAUGAUAAUCUUCUCGAUCCUGAGUAUAUCUGUGAAAACUUGAGGGAAGACAUCGCCGUUGGGCAGCAAAUCUCCAAAAAUUACCCUAACAGGUACAAACUGGUGCGGUAUGAAGACUUGGCCGCACUCCCAGUCUCAUUUACAAAGGAAAUGUUAAAUUUUUUGCAAGAGCGACCAACAAUCAAAGUUCUAACUGCUCUUAACAAACUAACUAAUUCAUUUUCUGUUGUUCUGAAUACGGCGAAAUAUUCCGUUACGAAAUAUUCAAAAAGCAAACCAAAUGAAUGGCGAAAAUAUUUGAAUUUUUCUGAAGUGAUGAAUAUUCAAAAUGUUUGUGGUGACGUCAUUGCACAGCUAAAAUACAGACUAUUCAGUGAUGAAAAUGAAUACGUGGAUUAUACGAUGAAUUCCUGAAUUAUAAAAUGAAAACAAACGAAUAAUAACAGAAUGAAACUAUGAAUACCAACGCAGAAAACCCGAAAUAUUGAGGACUAUACGAUGAAUACUUGAAUUAUUGAUGAAUAUACAAUGAAUACACAA